AUGGAUCCCAAUCAUAUGCUGCCGCGGCCUGGCGAACGGCAACGGCCCUCCUCUAAACAAAACCGAUUCGAUCCGACACGCGACCUCUCCUCACCGCCGUCCUAUGCGCCUCCGAGCUAUCAGAAUCAUCCGCAAUCCCGCGCCGAACUCCUGCCACCCAUCCUACCGCCAGCUGCCGUUCACCAUGAUCCCGCGUCGAAUAAGCUACCCUCGCUAUCGUCCCUGACCGGCCCGCCCCCGCCCUCCCGCAACCCUCCCCCGAUCCCGACUUCGCGGCCGUCAACAUCGACUUCGAUCUCAUCCAGUGCAACCACAAAGACGGCACCUGCGUCCCAGGAACCUGCGGCGCCCGCCAUCACGCACUGGCCGAGCAUGAACCCGUUCACGACCUACUACACUCCGAGCCAUGUCCAGCAGGCUGUCCAGUCUUCCGCCAAGAUGGAUGUGGACACCACCUCCAGCGCCGGCAACAGUCACACUGGCACCUCGCCUGACAGGUUGUAUGAUGCGCGAAGCGUCAGCGUCAGCCUGGACGACCCAGAAGUGCGGCUGGCAGCUGAAGCCUUGGGAGAUCUCAGAGCAGACUUUGUCAACUCUCCCCCUAGCAGGAGCACCCCCCUUCCCCCAGGGUCGCCGGCCCUGUCACUCGCGGCGCGUUCUAGUACAAACACCCAGUCACCUCAACAAGAGCCGCUCUUCUCGCUCCUCACCACAUCCCACCCUUUGCUCGCGACCACCAUUGAAGGUGCCACCUCGGCGUACAAUAACUCCAAGAACUUCUCGCCUCGCUUCAAGACGAGCGCCGAGUAUGUCGAAGGCUACCUCACGCCCAUUGCGAAUACGGUUGGGUCUGUGGGCCGCGUUACUGGUGUUGAGGGUGGAGUCAGGUGGUUCUUGGGUGAAGGUCGCCGGCCUUCGGACCUUGAGGCCGGGCAGGGUAGCUCAAACAAGAGGAGGAAGGUCAGGGGCGAUGACAUGGUCGGCGUUGUCGUGGACCCCGCUGCGCAUAUACUCGCCGCCGCUGCUGUUGCCGAACAGGAAUCGAAUCGCGAUUCGUACCUUUUCAAACACGACAGACGCCUGUCGAGGGCCAGCACCAUUGAUACACUCCCCGCCUACGACGAGUCUCGCUCUCCGGCCUACACCGAAGAUGACAAGCAGAAUGCCCAGAGGGGUAGCGCAGCUGAAGCGCGCAAGUCCCGUCUGGUCAUCUCAACGUCGGGUCUAGCCGUGUCAAUGAGCAAGGAAAGCCUCCGAAGUCUGAAGUACUGCCUACGAUGGCUCCGACUGGCCAACGAUCACAUUGGCGGCGUCGUCGGCCAUCUCAAGACGACGCUUGAACAGUACGACAAGGCUGCCGGCCCCGGCCAGGAAGUCAAGGCCGAGCAGUCGCCUGACGGUGAGACUAUGGAAGUUGAUGGCCGUACCUCCAACGAUACGGAACACCAGGAAGACCCCACUGUGCUCGCCGCCAGGAUCACGGCGCUCAAGGCCGAUAUUCUCAAGAAUUUGCAGGCCGCCAUCGAAACCGUGUCCAAGUACGCCGGUGGAGCGCUCCCCGAGAACGCACGGGUCUUGGUCCACCGACAGAUCACCAGUCUGCCGCAGCGCUUCCGAUAUGCGAGCAUGGUCGAGCAGCAGCAGAACCAGGAGGGAGGCGAGAGGCAGCAGGAGGAGAUGACACGCGAGGGUGCCAACAGGGUGCUUGUCCUGGCCAAGGAGGGCCUCGACAUGAUCACCCAGGUCAGCGGCGUCAUUGACGGAACCAUCGUCAGCGCCGAGGAGUGGUGUGAUCGUCUCGGCAGCAAGCGCAAGGAUGAGGGCCCGGUGCUACCAGAGGCACAUGUGCCGGUUGGGGACGUCAAGGCGGCAUGA